GUAAACGAAACUUCUCGAACACGUGUGACAUGACAUGCAACAACGGAAUGCACAGACAUUUGUAACAUUAUACAUCACAUGUGCAUAUAGUCUAGAGACAAUCUUAAGGUGAAUGUUAUUGUGUGUAUGCCUGUAAUGAUUCCAUCAUCAGAUCAUUGGAUCCUGAAGUUAUAGAUCAGUAAAAAUCGCAUCCAGAAGACAUGGCAAGCUCCGGUGGUAAUCAGGAUGACAAUUCAUCGUCUGGAAAUGAACGAAGACAGCCUAGAUCACUUGAAGACGUGUUAAAAUUGGCUGUUCAGAAUACGCCUACAGGAGAAGAACCGGGAACGCAAGGAGAUCAACACGCCCAAAUGGACCCUGAAAGAAGAGAGUUCCUGAACAAGGUCUUUACUGAAAUGCACAAGGACGAAACCAAGGAGAUGAUAUCGUUAGUGGAAACAGUGAGACAAAAAUUGGACUCUGAGAAUGAGGUCGAUGAAGAAACGGUUGAGAAUGCUCUGGAGAACCUCCGAGAUUUGAGCGACACUAUCGAUAAUGCACAAGAUUUCCACAAGAUUGGUGGCACCCGGCUCCUCCCCCAGCUAAUGGAUCAUGCCAGGUCAGAGGUCAGAUGGAGGACCUUUGAUUUGAUAGCCAACCUGGUGCAGAAUGUACCAUUCAACCAAAAGGUGUUGCUGGAGAUGGGAGGGGUAGAGAAACUGCUGACUGCUGUGGAUAAAGAUUCAUCAGACAAAUGCAGAGUCAAAGGACUGUAUGCUUUAUCAUGUCUUGCCAGGGAUAAUGAAGCCUGCUUGAAGGUGUUUGUAGAUAACGACGGAUUCUCGGUGCUGAUGAGAGCGAUGCAGAGCGACGUGGAGAAACUGCAAAUUAAAUCUGCAUUUAUGCUGAAAGCUCUCUUCCAUACAGCGGCCGGGUUGAAAGACAUCUUACACAACAUGGGCAUGGUGCAUCAACUGAUCGGCCUGCUUCAGACUGAUCACACCCCAACACAUGAACACUUCAUGUCCGCUUUGCUUAACCUAGUCACGGAUCACACAGGCUGCAUCGAUGACUGCAGGCAACCGGAACUGCACUUCAAGGAGUUUCUGACAGCAAGGCAAGAAUUUCUCAACGGAAAACCCGAAUUUCAGGAGGAGUAUUCUUACAGCCAACAACUGAUGACUAUCUGCUUCAGUGGUAACCAUAGCAACACAACGUUAGACAGAUGAUCCUGUGGGGGGGGGGGGGCGAGAGCUAUGGGCGUGGCUUGGGGAGGAGAGGGGUUGGAUGAUGAGGAAAGGGGAUAAUUAAUUCUUGGAUUGUUCAAAGUUGCAAACCCUGUAC